CGGCCACGCGCUCAGGGACACUCGACGUUUUGACCGGCUCAGUUCGGUGGGCGACCGGCACGCAGCGGCAACGCUCCCAGAACGAGUCGGCCGCUGACACGUCGCACGGCCGUGUGAAGGAUUCCAUGCUCCUACUGAUCUCCAUGCCUAGAUACCGAAGCAAGCUCUAUCUAAUUGAAGAUCUACUUCUCUUCAAGGAGAACAACCGUCUCACUGCGCACAACUCACGGAAGCACAUGCGUUCCGCGAUUUCGCACGCAUGAGAUCUAACAAAAAUCGACGACUCCAUUGCGCACGACUCCAAUGAUCUCUACGACUUCCCACGAAUAAGAUCUCAAAACCUCGAAGAUCCCACAACGCACUACUUACGGAAGCCAAUGCAAUCCGCGAUUACCCACGAAGAGGAUAUCAACAAGUCUUCGGUGCACAUGUUUGAAAAGUCCUUGCUCUCCAUGGCCUGGCACUCUGAAGAUCUAUAUAAUAAACAGCCAAGGCACACUCUGGCAAGAAACCGAACCUGUACCGUACACAUAUGAGCCUCACAAAGAGUUCCAAACGAGAGAGGAGGAGGAUGAGAUAAGAGCACCGUUGGCGAUCAGUGCCUCCCCAAGGACUGAUCAGAAUCGUCAGUGGGUCACGCUCGAUGCAUGCCAACUGAACUAUGGAGUGAGACUCGCCGCGCGGCAACGGUGCCGCGGCUUGCAGGAGGGAAAAGAACGCUAGGCGAUAAGGAAGAGGGACAUGGUGAAGAGGAGGGAGGACGAACUCGACGUUAAGGGCAGGGGGUCGGAGAACCGUGCGGUGGUGUACAUGCCGGGCUGCGCGGCCGGCCUCCUAUAUAGCGGGCCGGAGCAGGUGCCCAAGCGAAACACUGCGAGCCGGCCCCGCCUCGCCUCGUCCCUUGCGGAAGAACCCGCUCGACGGGGCUUGGCGAGACAGAAGGGCGAGGCCCUGACCUUGGGACGCCGUGAUCUUGCUCACGGGCAUGGACUCCGGGGCUCCCGACGGAGCGGGGCUCCCGGAGCCCGAAACCUUGAACCAACAAUUAGCAGGUAUUGAUGUCUCCAGGGCGCCGUGCCGCGACGGCGCCCGUGGGCCGCCCGGGCGCGCGCCCCGCCCUCUUGGGCAGGCCGCCCGGGCGCGCGCCCCGCCCAAGAGGCCGGCGGGGCGCGGUCUGGCCCCCGACAGAUGCAGAGGGCACGCUGCCGAGCUGCGCCGCUCCCCCCCC